GUCAUUGGGUCUUGUUUCGCGUUGAAGCACGCCCAUGGAGAGUCCUGGGACAGAUUACCUACCGAUGGCCCACUAUGUAAAGCAAAUAAAAAACUUCACAAACUUAGAUGACAUCAACCUUCCACUCUCUUCUCCUCUAUUGACAUUUUGCCCCGUAUCCAUCCAAUUACUCGGUUGCGACUCGGAAUCGCUGUGAUGGAAUCAUCUAGAGAGUAAUCGAACUCCUUUUAUCUAGUAUGGGAAGCACUGAAGUGAUUGAAGGAGAGCGCGUGGAGGAUGUUGGAUUGGAAGAGACUGUAUAUGUUGCAGUGGGGAAGAACAUAGAGAAGAGCCAACAGCUUCUGCACUGGGCAUUGGAUAAUUGUGCCAAAAAGAAGAUAUGCGUGCUUCAUGUUCAUCGGCCUGAGCGUAUAUAUUCUUUGACAGAUGCUAAACCCAACGGGAUUGAACCAGAAGGAAAUAAAAUAAAGGCAUUCCAGGAACAGGAAAGGCAACAAGUGCAUGAACUUUUAGAUCAAUAUCUUCUCACUCUUACCCUGGAAGGGGUAGAGGCCAAUAAAAUGUUGAUUGAAAUGGAUAGUAUUGAGAAAGGAAUUGAACAUGCCAUUGCUCAGCACAAUAUCAGAUGGCUUGUCAUGGGAGCUGCAGGAGAAGGAUAUCAGUCAGGUAAACUGGCAGAUGAAGAGACGAAGAAAGCUGUUCUUGUACUUGAGCAAGCAUCAGUACCCUGUAAUAUUUGGUUUAUUUACAAGGGCAACCUCAUAUGUACAAGCGCAGAUUGUAAACAUAUAUCAGAAAUUGAGACUAGUCCAUCAUUGUUGGUGAUUAGUUCGAAUACAGGAGGCAAAAAAUCUAAGAUCAAUUCUGAAUGUACUGCUAAUUCACAGAAAUAUUUAGAUGCUGAAAAUAUGGAAGGAAUGCUCAGAAAUUUUAGUUGCCAUUGUUCCAUAGAAUCAACACAAUCAAGUACUAUGUUGACAGAUUUGCUGUCUCUUAAGGAGGAAAGUGAUGUGCACAAUGAUGCCAGAGAACAAGGUGAAAGACUGGAACUAGCUAAUGUAGAUGCUACAAGCUUUAAAACAAAGGAACCUAUAGGAGUAGAGGAGAGCAGCAGCGUAGAAGAUGACAAUACUAUGGAGGCUGAAGCAUUAGAAAGCUUGUGUGCUAUUGAGAUUAGUCGAAGAAGAGAGCUUGAAGAACUAUUGGCUCAGGAAAAGUAUGAAUUACUAAAACUGAAAGAUCAACAAGAUGAGACCAUGGUUGAACUGCGAAUGAUCCAAGACCAAAAUUCAGCACUUAACAGCCAAGUUGUUGAUUCCCGGGCCAUGGUAACAGAGUUGGAGGAGAAAAUUUUAUCUGCAGUGGAACUCUUGAUUAGCUUCAAGGAAAAACGAGAUAAGUUAAGGAUUGAGCAUGCAAAUGCAGUCAGGGAAGUCAACAAGUUGAAGUUUGUGAAUGCAGAUUCUGAAUAUCCACAUGAAGCAGAAUUUCCCACAUUUUCAUUCUUAGAGAUUAAUGAGGCAACUAAUGAUUUUGAUCCAUCUUGGAAGAUUGGAGAGGGAAGAUAUGGAAGUGUUUACAAAGGAUUGCUUCACAAUAUGCAAGUUGCUGUAAGGAUGUUACCUUCUUAUGGCUGUCAGGGCCAACUGGAGUUCCAACAUCAGGUUGAGGUUUUGAGUAGGGUAAGACAUCCAAACAUUGUCACACUGAUUGGAAGCUGCCCGGAAACUAGAUCGCUGGUCUAUGAUUACCUUAACAAUGGCAGCCUUGAGGAACACCUUGCCCGCAAAGACAAGACUCCACUUCCUUGGCAAAUUCGAAUAUCCAUUGCUGCUGACAUAUGCUCUGCUCUUAUCUUCCUUCACUCCAGCAAGCCUUGUAUAAUCCAUGGGAAUUUGAAGCCCAGUAAAAUUCUCCUUGAUGUGAACUUUGUUGCCAAACUUUGUGAUUUGGGCAUUUCUUCUUUGGUCCAGCGCAGUGGGCAUUCAGCUGAUAGUAACACAACAGUCAACAACAGAAAUGAAAGUUCGGUGUAUGUGGAUACAGAAUUUCUUAUCACUGCAAAGCUCGUGCCAGAAUCCGAUGUGUAUUCGUUCGGAAUCAUAUUGUUACAGCUUUUAACAGGAAGACCUAUUUCGGGAAUAGUAAGGGAUACAAAAUGUGCAUUGGAGAAGGAAAACCUAAAAGCGGUAUUGGACAUUUCAGCGGGAGAAUGGCCACUUUAUCAGGUUGAACAGCUGGCAUAUUUGGCAUUGAGAUGUUCUGAGAAGACCCGGAUGAAUCGGCCAGACCUUGUAUCAGAAAUCUGGAGUGUUCUUGGACCGUUAAAAACUUCAUGUAGUAACACGUCACCAUAUUUGACUUCCAAGAAGCUUCAUCGUCCUCCUUCUCACUUUGUCUGCCCCAUAUUUCAGGAGGUCAUGAAAGAUCCUUUUAUAGCUGCAGAUGGCUUUACGUAUGAAGAAGACGCAAUAAGAGGAUGGUUGGAUAGUGGUCACAAUACUUCGCCAAUGACAAACCUUCAGCUUGAACACACCAACCUGGUGCCUAACUAUGCGUUACUCAAUGCCAUACAGGAGUGGCAGCAACUGCAAUGACAUAUUUGCCCUUGAUCAAUUCUACUUGCACAUAUGUAUAGUGACAAUCAUAAUUCACUGGUUACUCUGUUCUACACUGUAAUACUAACCAUGUAAUUGAUUUAGCAAAAUAUGCCUGUCAUUUACCAUCACAAAGGUACACAUAAUUGAUGUUUUAUAGAGGGUCUAUAGGCAUCAUCCCAUUUUAUGAAUUCUUACACAUUUAAAUUUAAAUGCUCUCUUGAGCUUCUCUGUUGAUGGAUUUGCUAUAUAAUAUUCUCUCAUUAAAUUUA